AACUCUGGAUGACUAUAAAGAGAAAAUGGCAGCCCAUAAAUUAAAGGUGGCUGAAGCUGAAAAAGAUGACACAGUAAUGAGCCAACUGAACGAACUAUGUCAAGAAAUACAAACUUUGGAGACAAAAAGAGAGGAUCUGCAGUCGAACUGUAGUCGAAUUUUAACAGAAAUGGGUGUUUGUGGCAUGUCAUUUGAGGAAAUCGAGCAAAAGAUACGGGAGAAAGAGGACGAUUUGGAAGAUCAGAAGUCCAGAUUGGCAGGACGAGUUGAAGAGCUUGAACUAUUGAGGGAAGAAAAACGGAAGGCUGAAACAACGAACGCGAUUUUAACGAAACGAAACGUAGCUCGCCUCACAAGACUAUCAAGGCGUUUGGAGCAACAGAAAGACAAACGUACCAAUCUGGUUUGGUCGAUAGAGCAAUCAAAAAACAAAAUUGCGGCGGUCAAAGAGACGUUAGAAAGUUUCACUGCCUUCAACGUGCACUAACAAUUCAUGUCCAUGUAUCAUGCAUGCACGUACAUGGGAGCACACUGUUGUAGCGUCAGAUCAGAAUCUUGUCAUUAGAAAUAGCGAUAACUCAUUACUAAUAAACUUUACUAAAAGUUACAAAUUGCAUGGAUAUCAAGUAUGUUUAUUACAUGAUCUGGAUAUGAAAUAAAUAAGAAUAUAACAUUC